AUGUACAUAAUAGUAUACAUUGUAGUUUUAUUAACCACAGAUAAUCUUUCUAUAAACAUGUUUAUGAUCAAUCAAAUUAAUCAAUCAAUUAUUAAUUUAAUCAAUAAACUUUCCAAUAAAUCAAUAUGGAAUUAUCGAUUAGAUAUAUCAUUAUAUAUUAAAAAAACAAUCACCUUAGCUGCAACUAUUGAAACUCUGGAUAUACUAGUGGGUAUUGCUGCUAAACUUGGUGCAUAUGGAAUCAGUCUAAUGUUGUUUAUAAUUGCAUUACUUAUUGGUGCAGCUAUCAAAAUAAAAUUGGCAGAUUAUUUAACGGUUAUUUUAAUACUGUUACUAAUCACUGGUACUGUAAUCGGUGUAGCAAGUUUUUUAAUCACAAGAAUAAAACAUUGGUCAACAUCGGUCGCAUUUUACGUCCUUACAGAUGUGGCGUUAUUUUUUAUAACAAUAUUUGUCAGUCAAAUAACUGUUGGCAAAUCAGCAUUACGUAUCUUCUGUACAGAAUACACUGCGGCUGCAUUACUACUAUAUAAUAUGUUUUCAACUACUUAUUUAAUCACUACUGGUAUGGUUUGUAAUAUAAGCCAGACCUGUAAUGCUUCAAAUGCAUCUGUUUCCCUAUCCGACAAUUUACCGGGAUAUAUAGUUUUGAUUUAA